UAAACUACAUAAACGCGUCAGAGUGAGACCUCCCCCCUCGAGGCUCCGCCCCCCGUGUGAGCGGCGGAUUCUUCUCUGAUGUUCAGUCCGCGUGAAGCGCGAGCCGCGCGCGCCUCUUUCUGUUUGUGCGCCUCCGCGGAGCGAAAACUAGUUCUGCAGUAAAACGAGAGAAGAAGAAAACACAGAAGAAGAAGAAGAAGGAGAAGAAGAAGAAGAAGAAGAGGACUUUACGCCACUUAACGGUACAUUUGUUUGUUCGCCGAUGGAAACGGAAGAAGGUGAGACCACGUCCACAGUGAGGCCUCUUCUUUAGAACUCUAAAGGUCAUCGUUCCGACCUUCUGCUCGGCGAUGCCCGUCGGCCAGAGGGAACGUUUCCACGCCGUGUUUCGGCGCUGAGAAAGGUGCCGGGGACAGAAGAAAGGAGCCAAGAUGGCCGACAACGGCCCGCCGCCUGCAGCCUCGCCGCGCUCCUCCCCCCUCCUCCCCCAGCACGCCGCCCCGCCCACGCCGUCCCCCAGCCCGCCGGCCACGCUCUGCAGCCGGCUCUCCGACUGCAGCCCGACGGCCCCCAGCCCCACCGGCUCCCGGGGGUCCGUCCACGGGGUCUCCUUCAUGGUCCAGAUCGGCCUCACCAGGGAGACCGUCACCCUGGAGGCCGGAGAGCACUCGCUGGGCGCCGUCAGGGAGCUUGUGUGCUCCAUCGUGGACCACAAGUUCCCCGAAUGUGGUUUUUUCGGGAUGUACGAUAAGAUCCUCCUCUUUCGCCACAACCUGAACUCGGAGAACAUCCUGCAGCGCCUGAGCUCAGCGGAGGAGAUCCACGAGGGCGACCUGGUGGAGGUGGUCCUCUCCGCUCUGGCCACAGCCGAGGACUUCCAGAUCCGUCCCCACGCGCUCUACGUCCACUCCUACAAGGCGCCGGCCUUCUGCGACGACUGUGGGGAGAUGCUGUGGGGCCUCGUGAGGCAGGGCCUCAAGUGUGAGGGAUGUGGGCUGAACUACCACAAGCGCUGCGCCUUCAAGAUCCCAAACAACUGCAGCGGCCUGAGGAAGCGCCGCCUGUCCAACGUCUCGCUGCCGGCCGCCAUCGCCCGCCCGCCGUCCGCCGAGUUCACCCCCGUGCCGCAGGACGAGCGCCCCCUGCUGGGCGCCGCGAAGCGGAACUCGCUGCUGAGCGGCCGUCCCAUCUGGAUGGAGAAGAUGGUGCUGGGUCGGGUCAAAGUGCCCCACACCUUCUCCGUCCACACCUACACCCGCCCCACCAUCUGCCAGUUCUGCAAGCGGCUGCUGAAGGGCCUCUUUCGCCAGGGCAUGCAGUGCAAAGAUUGUAAGUUCAACUGCCACAAGAGAUGUGCGGCCAAAAUCCCUCGUGACUGCCUCGGGGAGGUGGACUUCAACGGAGAGCCGGCGAGCCCCGGCCCGGACCCCGAGGCCACCAUGGAGGUGGACGGCUGCCUGGACGAAACGGAGGACAAGCUGUUCUUCAUGGAGGGACCCGAGAGGGACGACGAGACGCUCCGGACCAUCAGCCCGUGCAGCAGCAGCAACAUCCCUCUGAUGCGAGUGGUUCAGUCCAUCAAACACACCAAGAGGAAGAGCUGCACCCUGGUGAAGGAGGGCUGGAUGGUGCACUACACCAGCAGAGACAACAUGAGGAAGAGACAUUACUGGAGGCUGGACAGCAAGAGUCUGACGCUGUUCCACAACGAAAGUGGAGCCAAGUUUUACAAGGAGAUCCCCCUGUGCGAGAUCCUGCGGGUGGAGCCGGCUCUGGACCCGGGGGGCCUGCCGGGGGGCGCCAACCCGCCCUGCUUCCAGGUGGUCACGGCCCACGUGGUGUACUACGUCGGGGAGGACGGCCCCCACCAACACAACCCGGUGCUGGCGCCGAGCGGCGCCGGGCGCGAGGCGGGCCGCAGCUGGGAGAAGGCCGUCCGUCAGGCCAUGAUGCCCGUCACGCCCAAGGCCAGCGGGGGGGGCGCCGGGCCCGGAGGCCAGGGGCGGGACCACAAGGACGUCUCCGUCAGCAUAUCAGUGUCCAACUCGCAGAUACAAGAGAACGUGGACAUCAGCUCGGUCUACCAGAUCUUCGCCGACGAGGUCCUCGGCUCCGGUCAGUUUGGGAUCGUCUACGGAGGCAAACACAGGAAGUCCGGCAGGGACGUGGCGAUCAAAAUCAUCGACAAAAUGAGGUUCCCCACCAAGCAGGAGAGCCAGCUGAGGAACGAGGUGGCCAUCCUGCAGAACCUGCACCACCCGGGCAUCGUCAACCUGGACUGCAUGUUCGAGACCCCCGAGCAGGUGUUCGUCGUCAUGGAGAAGCUCCACGGCGACAUGCUGGAGAUGAUCCUGUCCAGCGAGAAGAGCCGCCUGCCCGAGCGCCUCACCAAGUUCCUGGUCACACAGAUCCUGGUGGCCCUCAGACAUCUCCACUUCAAGAACAUCGUGCACUGUGACCUGAAGCCGGAGAACGUCCUGCUGGCCUCUGCGGAGCCCUUCCCUCAGGUGAAGCUGUGCGACUUCGGCUUCGCCCGCAUCAUCGGGGAGAAGUCGUUCCGGCGCUCCGUGGUGGGGACCCCCGCCUACCUGGCCCCCGAGGUGCUGCGCAGCAAAGGCUACAACCGCUCCCUGGACAUGUGGUCGGUGGGGGUCAUCGUCUACGUCAGCCUGAGCGGCACCUUCCCCUUCAACGAGGACGAGGACAUCAACGACCAGAUCCAGAACGCCGCCUUCAUGUACCCGUCCAACCCGUGGAGGGAGGUGUCCGAGCACGCCACCGACCUCAUCAACAACCUGCUGCAGGUGAAGAUGAGGAAGCGCUACAGCGUGGACAAGUCGCUGAGCCACACCUGGCUGCAGGACUACCAGACCUGGCUGGACCUCCGGGAGUUCGAGACUCGUCGCGGCGAGCGCUACAUCACCCACGAGAGCGACGACGCCCGCUGGGAGGAGCACGCCGACGAGCGAGGCCUCAGCUGCCCCAAACACUUCAUCAUGUCGCCCAACCUGGACGACAUGGACGAGGACCCCUAGGGACACCCCCCCGAGCUGGGUCGAGACAUUCCUGAGAAUCUAAUGAAGGAACAGUUGUCCUGUCUUUUACAAGCCAUAAUGGAGCCAAAGCGACUCACUAAAGACUCAUGCAGAGCCUCCUCGGACGGUUUCGGCUCAAACCGAGUAUUUCUGAUGACUUUCUACUUGAUGCUGACCAGCAGAAGAACGUGACGUCGUGAUGAUGAUCUGAACAUAAGCUUCGUUCCUCCAGAUGUUCUCUGUUGGGACGUCUUUGCACUAUUGAGAAACUCCUUAAAAAAAGAGAAUUCACUGAUCAUAACUUUUUUUGCCUGCAAAAACCUGAACUUGAUGCUGAGAAACCAAACAACUGUUGAGUAUUAAAGUAAAAAUCUUGUUUCAGCGUAGAAUUGUCACUCGCUAACAUUAGCAUGCUAACAUGCCCGAUUCAACAUGUCAAUCCUUUGGCUUGUUGACAGAACCUGAGAAUAUCAGUUUGUAUCCGUCUAUUAUUACAAUGACAGUAUUUAUUUAUGCAGAGAAACUAAUGCAUGAAGUUAUUUUCAGUGAAUCUCUUUGGAUGAAAAUCAAGCUGCUUUCGUCUCUGCAGAUCACAUCCCAGCCUGAGAAUUCAUUUCAAACCUUUUAUAUUUUUGCAAGACAUUUGUGUCAUGUGGACAACUUUUAAUGGGAAAUUAUUAAACUGUUUACUUUGGGAAGAACUUUGAUAUUUAACUGUCUUUGAUUCAAAUCCUUUGAA